AUGACUCCCUCGAUACUCCCAGAAAACCUAACAGAUCUAGACUCCAGCGAGGUCACAUAUUCAGGCUCCGAUACAUUACCACAAGAGGCUCCUACAAGUCUACAAGAAAUAAAACACGAUAAAUAUAGCAAGAAUCGACGAGGAUGGAGGAGAAUUGUUGUCAACUUUGGGCCUUCAUGGUUCACUGUGACCAUGGGCACUGGCAUCACGUCUAUUUUGCUGCAUAACCUACCUUAUCAAGGACAAUGCCUUUACAUACCCCAUUGCAUCAUGCGCACCGAGGGUAUUGCACUCGAACAAGCCAAUCCCACAUGGCUUUUCCCUAUCAUUGCUGACAUUGUCGCAUCUGGCUCCGGGGCUAUAGUGGCCAAUGUCCUUCCCAACGAUCAACAUGCUAUCUGGACUCUUGUAACCAGUUAUAUUCUCUGGGGAACGAGUGUACCUAUGGCAGUUCUUAUCCUAGCCAUGUACUACAAUCGACUCAUGAUCCACGAUGUCCUUCCAAGCCAGGCUGCUGUAACAUCUUUCAUCGCCAUCGGACCUCUCGGCCAAGGCGCAGCAGCCAUUCAACUCCUGGGCAAAGUCGCUUUAAAAAUCUUUGAAAGGAACGAUUUCAUCCCCAUGGCGCCCAUCGCAGGACAGUUCUUUUAUCUUAGUGGCAUCCUCACAGCCCUCAUAAUGUGGGGGUUCGCCAUCUCAUGGUUAUUCUUCGCCCUCGCCACCAUUGUCAGGCGCGAAUUGAAGUUCAGUAUUUCCUGGUGGGCGUUUACUUUCCCUCUUGGGGUCUUUACUGUUUCAACCACCACUUUGGCACAAGAGCUUCCUUCGCAAUUUUUCAAGGUUCUUGGAACCAUAUUUUCGGUCGUUGAGACUUUGCUAUGGAUCAUGGUGGCCUGUAUGACUAUCAGGGCAACUUUGAACGGUGAACUGUUUCAGCCGCCUCCGGUUGAGGCGUGGGAGAAAAAAACGAAGGAAACUGGGAAGGUUGAAAAGGUUGAAGAUUCUCCAGCUUAG